AUGUCCGGCCCCACCAACGAUCAGAUACCAAAAAAACCGUACAUCCCGAUUCCGGGAUUCCCGGGUGAGCGAGAAGAGAAUCUUCUGGAAAAAGCGGCAAAAAGCUUCUCGAUCCGAUUCACCAUCCUGUCCGACUUCAAAGAGGGCCUCACCGCUAAGCAGACAGUUGCCAAGAUCAAUAAAAAUCUGGCGGAUAUUCAUGAGAAGUUUGGCGGACCCGGAGAUGCGCCGACGAUUGAAUUGCACCUGGUUCAGUACUGGUUUAAGCGGUUUCUUACCGGAGAUCACAGCUUGACCGAUUGUGCGAACCCUUGA